AUGUCUGAAGGUCUGACGACGGACUUCUGUUCCGGAGUCAUCUCGAUAGCUUGCAUCGCUUGCCUCGAUGUUGUGGCUGGUGUCUUGACUGACUUUGCGAGCGUCCGUGAGUGGGAUAAUCUCAGAGCGAGACCACUAAAGCCCAAAGCAAAACAGCGACUCGGCCUCCUCGCCACCGUCGUCACCGCCUUCAAGUUCUACGUCUGGUGCCUCAUGCAGUGGAAGGGCGAGGUCGGCGGCUGGUGGAAACUCGCCCUCGGCAAGCGUCCGCCCCAGCUCCAGCACCGCGAUACGAACGGCAGCCGCGCGCGCGCGAAUGCGAACGCGCUUGGGUUUGAGAAGGACGGCGGGAAUGGAGAGGUUGAGAGGAGGAUCGAGGAGCUCGCGGUCGCACUCGGGAUUCCGAGCAAGGAUCUCACGAACGUGAUUGCGGGCGCGGUGAGAGACCACGUCCCUCUCGCUAGCUUGUCUUCCAUUGCCGCACACGAAACUGGCGAGGUUGUAGGGCACCUGGUCGACCCCUCUGGCGCGUCCGCCUCUGAGGCGCAGAGCGCACCCGGCUCGACAGCGAGCCGAGGCUUCUGGGCAUGGAGAGUGCCUUUGAGGCUGCAGUGCGCAUGGAUGAGCCUCCGGUAUAGGCUGCGAGGGGCCUGA